UUCAAAGUGUUUAUGUUGUCCAUGUAUCAGAUGUUUUGAGUGUGGGAGUGCGGAGUGAAAUGUGUGCGAAUGAUUCUGAUUUACGAAGAAUUUAUGUUUAACAUCUGUUGAUCGUGACGAAAGAGCAGAACAUGGAUGCAUUUCCGAUCUCUACUUUGAGUGGUUCGAGUGACGACGACAGCUCAGAUGAAGAACAGAAUGAUUCCCAGAAACGACGCCGUUCCACCGUUAGUACUGAGGGACGCAGUGUUGAAUCUCAAGGCGCCCAAAGCUCAGACGAUUCAGAGUCUCCGCUGAAGCGGCGUCGGUCAGAUGAUAGUGGCGGUUACGAUAGUAUACACCGAAGUUCCGAUGAAGACUCACAGAAAUUUAGGAAAAGACCCAGACUUAGUAGUGGUGGUCUGGGUUUUUCUUCUCAAGGUCUGUCUGAUAAUGAGUAUUCAGAUCAGAGCCCAACAGCAGAUCGUCUGCAGUAUCAGUUUGGAGAUGAAGACAGAAGUGUUGCCUCAAAAAUUGUUAAGGAGGCAAAACCAGCAGCGUUCAUGGACAACAAGAUUAAGAAAAUGAUGGAAUCAAUGGGCUACAAGGCUGGCUUGGGCCUGGGAAAACAUGAGCAGGGUCGUGUUGACCCAGUGGAAAUGUCACGUCAGCGAGGUCGCAGAGGCUUAGGUCUGCGUAUUGAGGGUCUUGAAGCUGCUACACUUGAAUGGGAUAGUUCCCUUGAGGUGGUGUCAGUAGAAGAAUCUCCAAAAUGGCUGAAAGAUUCGAAUUAUGAACCUAUUUCACUUGAAGAGUUAGGCACUUGGAUGAAGGAGGGCCAGCGCAAAUUGGUUAUAAAUGAUGAAACUAAUUUUUGUGAUCCAAAUUUAUUAAGGAAUGUUCUCAGUUCAAAGAGUGUUUUUGACAAAUUGGAUGCAAAUGAAAUGCUGAAGGCAAGGUCUCGAUCAAACCCAUUUGAGACUAUUCGUGGUGCAAUCUUUCUGAACCGUGCUGCAGUGAAAAUGGCGAACAUGGACAAAGUGUUUGAUUUCAUGUUCACAAACCCUCAUCAUGAAAAUGGUAAACCGCAGCUGGGGCCACAUGACUUGCUUUAUUUUGCCGACGUCUGUGCUGGCCCUGGAGGUUUCUCUGAAUACGUAUUGUGGCGAAAGAAGUGGCAAGCCAAGGGUUUUGGCUUCACGCUGAAAGGUGAUCAUGACUUUCGGCUGUCUGACUUCUAUGCUGGACCCUGUGAGACAUUUGAACCUCACUAUGGAGUUGGUGGCACUGAUGGAAAUGGUGACGUUUUUGAUCCAAAUAAUAUAGAGGCAUUCACUGAGUUUGUACAUGCACAGACUUCUGAUUUGGGAGUUCAUUUCAUGAUGGCAGAUGGGGGGUUUUCAGUGGAGGGUCAAGAGAACAUUCAAGAAAUACUGUCUAAGCAACUAUAUCUUUGUCAAUGCUUGGUUGCACUCAGUAUUGUCAGAACAGGUGGCCAUUUUGUUUGCAAACUGUUUGACUUAUUUACACCAUUCAGCGUAGGGCUUGUGUACCUGAUGUACAAAAGUUUUAAGAUGAUUUCCAUACACAAACCCAACACAAGCAGACCUGCCAAUUCAGAAAGGUACAUUAUCUGUAAAUGGAAGAGAGCUGAUUGCGAUGAUAUCCGUGAAUACUUGAUGGAGGUGGCAAAACAUUUAUGGAUUCAUAAGUUAUCAGAUGAUAAAGAUAUUCUUGAGAUUGUGCCUCUUGCUAAAUUAAAGGAGGAUAAAGAAUUUUUUGACUAUAUUGUCGAAUCAAACAACAGCAUUGGUGAACGCCAGGUUGUUAAUCUGGUGAAGAUAGCUGCAUUUUGCCGGGACACUAAUUUGACAGAAAGUCGUCAGUCAGACAUUCGACGAGAGUGCCUGCGUUACUGGGACAUCCCAGAUAAAUCAAGAACAGCACCACCUUUUGUUAGUCCCAGCAUUAAGUGUGAAGAACUACUGAAAAAAGCUGGCACCAGCUUGUUGUCUGAUAGUGGUACGGAAUUGUUGCCUUCUGUUCUGGAGGAGAAGGUGAAGUCUGUGUAUGAUUGGCACUGUGUAGUUCUCGCAAGCAAUCGGGAGCAGAACAAUGUAACCUUCUAUCUAGGGUUGGGCCGUUCAAAGGUAUACCGGUAUCAGUCAGGACAGUGGAUUCGUGAGCAGAGUACACUGGAAUUGAGUCCUGAUACUUUGGUGCUAGCAGAGCCUGUGAUGGAGCUUAAGGGUGAAGGAAAGUCUCAGCGCAAAAUAAACACCCUACAUAUUAUUGAUGCUGUCUCUCUUGGAGGCACUGAUGUCCAUAAUUUACAUAUCACUGAGCGGUACAAAUUCUGCAAGCAGUUUACAAAAGCACUCUACAAACCUAGCCGCAUGGAUGGCACACUGUUGAGGACAAAGUUCCCGUAUGAACUUGAGAAUGUUUCAGCCAUAUUUGAAAGAUUAGAGUUGCGUGUCAUCAAGGGUUUUGGUGGACAGAGGGGACUGGUGUACAGACUGGAUGAUGAAGAAGACCGAUUUUAUAGGCCAGGAGGGCUUCUUUUUUAUAGAGGGACCAAAGAUCCUUGGAUGAGGCACUGCAGUAGGAAAACAGGAUUCUGUUUCUAUGCUUGCCCUAGCAGAAAAGACUCUUUGUAUGAUCAGCACAGGCCAAGUGAUGCUUGUGCCUCAGCUCAGCUAUGUUUCCAGAAGCGACUAAUAUGGUUCUGGGAAGAAGGUGUAGUGGUCCAUGAUCAUCAUGUUAAGAAAGACCCAGAAAAGCUUCAGCGGGAUCAACUGUUGGAUUUUGUUGAAAGCAAGAGGGUACCCAGUGCAAAACGCUGCUGACCACAAAUUGGUCAAGAGUGCCCAUCAUAUUGUAUUGGCCAAAAGUUUUUAGAAUUGAAACAGUUUUGUUUAUUGUUAUUACAUAAUAUAUCUGUUUGGUGUGGCACUAUUAAAUUUAAAUUUUUUUUAAAGUUUUAACUUCCUUUGUUCUCCCAUACUUGAAUGAAGACGUACAUAUAAAAAUUGAAUUUUAAACUCUGAAUUCCUCUUACGUGCCAGUCAAAAUGUGUUAUUAAACAAAAAUACUUUUGUUACCUUAUAUGAUCAUUAACGGCUGUGCAAAGUUUUGUAAAAUGCAAGAAUUAAGGAGUAAUGUCAUUUUGUAUGAAUUGGGAUUUGUACUUAUUGAUGUGUGUACAUAAUAUCUAUAAAUACUGAAUUACUGUGAAGUUUUUGCAACACAAAUCUAAUGCACUAAGCAGAGCUGACAAUUUUCAAAUCCAUAGAUUACCAUCUUGGUAAGAUGGUUGGUAUUACUCUGUCUGAUGAGAUAAUUUCCUUAGCUUUUGAUUGAUCAGUAGAACAAAAAAAAAAUAGUAUUUUUUUCUAUGAGUCUCAUACAUUUCUUCACUUUAGUUCUAUGUUAUGAAUAUUAGAACAAUUGCUUUGGUAGACAUCAGCAGGCUGAGAAAAAAAUGAAGCACGACAACUGACGAGAAGCAUAUAUUUUCUAAAACAGUAAAUUGACUAGUUGACAGUAAGACACACUGAUGCAAAAUUUUAUUUUAGUGAUUACUAGAUAGAAACCAUUGUAGUGAUAAAGUACACCAAAAGAAAGGAAGGGAGCAUGUGCUUACAUAUGUGAUAUGUACUAUGUACAGUUGAAAAGGUAGAAGACUGGCAUAGUUUUGCUAACAUUGUGUGUAUGUCUGAUGGUGGCAAUAGAUAAAAUGUAAAGUGCUGAUGGGUGCUGUGAUACAAAUAUAUUUAACAUGUUUCUUCA